AUUCCGAAAAAUGAGGAUUCUUGUAGGAAGUGGCUAGAUUUUUGUGGCAUUGAUAAACAAGUUUUAACAUCUUCUACUAAACUGUGUUCAGAUCAUUUCCAAAAAGAAGAUAUAAUUAACAAAUCUAAGGGUACAAUGGCAAAACCCAACGUUGUGCCAUCUAUUAUUAGCAAGAAGAAGAAAUUGCAACUGAAAGACACGGGCUGGUACAAUGAAGCUGAUGACAAAAGUUUGAACAUUGUAGACGUCAAGACUGCGGAAAGCUUCGAAUUUGUGUCUGUUGACGAAGAUUCCAUGGAAUUCAAAGAGACCAUCUACAUACGCCGAGUUUUGAAGAUAAUCCAUGCUUCCGACGUCCUGUUAAGACUAUACAUUUUCCUCGUUAUGUUGGUGACAUUACAAUGUCGCAUCUUGAUACACCUGUAAAAGCUGACAUAGCCUUGCAAGUGGCAAAACGAACCAUCGCAAAGCAACGAAGAAAGAUUAAAACUUUACAGCAAUCUCGGAACAGAUUGGCCGUUCGUGUAACUAGGCUGAAGGAACUUGUAAAUAAUUUGAAGCAGCAAAAGAAAAUUGUGUGAACUAAAAUAGUGAAAUUGGGUGCCAGGUCAAAAAAUUAAUUUUUU